GAAUUCCAAAUUGUUAUUAUUUAAGCAGGAAUAAUUUUUUAAACCAAUGUUGCAUUUCUGUGUAACUGUGAGCCAUGCUUAAUUUCCAGUGGCACAUGAAAAGAUGAAAGCUCCAAGUCUCAAUACUGAUCUGUACACAUUUGAUAUUGUUCUCAGGCAAGGAGACUCUCCACAUAUAACUAGCAAUCCUGAGAUCCUCUGUGGAACACAGAGGGGGUUCUUUAAACAUUCCAUUGUGUUUUCUGUUCAUCCCACUGGAAUGAAAAGAAUAAGUUAUAGAAACCAACUUAAAUGUAUGAUCUUCCUGUUUUGUAAUAUCCUGAAAGUCCAUUGAGUUCUCCCUGAAUGUGUAUUGCAACAUCUAUCAAAGGGGCUGUUAAUAUGACUAAAUCAGAACAUGCAUUUACAGCAGCUGUUCUCAACCUGUGGGUCAUGACCCCUCUAGGGGUCAAAUAUCAGAUAUUCUGCAUAUCACAUAUUUUACAUCAUAAUUCACAACAGUAGCAGAAUUAUAGAUAUGAAAUAGCAAUGAAAUAAUUUUAUGGCUGGGGUCACCACAAUGUGGGAACUGAAUUAAAGGCUCACACCAUUAGGAAAGUUGAACACCACUGAUUUAAUUAAGGUUGGUUAUGCCUCAUAUGCUGUGUAUUCAAUAUGCUUCAAAUCUUUUUUCUCUCACAGCCACAUUCUAUCAUCUCUGAUUUAUUUGAAUAAAAAUGUGAUGCCCUCACACUGGUUAACACAAACAAGAACCUCAGGCUAAAGCAGCCCACCACCAGUUUUUGUAAAUAAAAUGUCCUUCCUCUCACCCAUAUGUUCACAAACCACAGACCCCUGUGUUACAGGAACAGAGAUGAGUCUUUACACGUAUGCAGCAUGGGUCUAUAAGCUGACAAUAAUACCUGGAUGCUUUCAAGAACAGUUCCAUGAUCCCUGAUCAAGGUUCCCCUUCCUUUGUGUUGCUCUCCUUCCUCCUGGGAACUACUUUGAAGGGUGCAGUCACCACCUCAUCAUGGGAUCCAGGAGUCUCAUGAUCAGGCCACAGAUUCAACACCAUCACAAAGCAGAGUUGUGAGAAUUUUUGAUAAAAAACAAAACAAAAAAACUUGACCAAGGCAGACCUGUGGUUCCCAGCCCUGCCUUUCUCCCACGUUGGAGCUAUAAAAGCAGGAACCAGGACAAGAACACACCAAAAUCUCUCUCCAGACUGCGACCGACACUUGCAAGAUGCAGGCCCUACUAUUCCUGAUGGCACUUCUCUUGCCUUCUAGGGCUGGAGCUGAGGAGAUUAUUGGUGGUGUUGAGUCUGAACCACACUCCCGACCUUACAUGGCCUAUGUGAAUACCUUCAGUAAGAAAGGUUAUGUGGCAAUCUGUGGUGGGUUUCUCAUAGCCCCCCAAUUUGUGAUGACUGCUGCACACUGUAGUGGAAGAAGAAUGACUGUCACCCUUGGAGCUCAUAAUGUGAGAAAGAGAGAAUGCACACAGCAGAAGAUAAAAGUUGAAAAGUACAUCUUGCCUCCAAAUUACAAUGUGUCUUCCAAGUUCAAUGACAUCGUAUUACUGAAGCUUAAAAAGCAAGCUAACUUGACUUCUGCUGUGGAUGUAGUUCCCCUGCCUGGCCCCUCUGACUUUGCCAAGCCUGGGACGAUGUGUUGGGCAGCUGGCUGGGGGCGAACUGGAGUGAAAAAAAGUAUCUCACAUACCCUGAGAGAGGUAGAACUGAAAAUCGUGGGGGAAAAGGCCUGUAAAAUAUUUAGGCAUUACAAGGAUAGCCUCCAGAUCUGUGUGGGCAGUUCCACAAAGGUGGCAUCAGUAUACAUGGGAGACUCUGGAGGACCUCUACUGUGUGCUGGGGUGGCCCAUGGUAUUGUAUCUUCUGGACGCGGAAAUGCAAAGCCCCCUGCAAUCUUCACCCGAAUCUCCCCACAUGUGCCCUGGAUUAACAGAGUCAUAAAGGGCGAGUAGUGAAAAGCCUGACCUGCGUGCAUCAGAGUCUU